AUGGCUAAUCAUCCGGUUCAUUAUUCCGUUUUUGAAUUCUUUGAUAGGGCAAGAAGAACAAAAACUUUUGCUAGACUUCUAAACAAAGUAUCUGUAAUUGAAGCUCAAAAUGGAAAUUGUCUUGCUCAUUAUACAGUCACUGAAGAAGAGACAAAUGCAGGCGGAGUCCUACAUCCUGGAUUUAUUGCUUUUUUAAUGAACUCCAUUACUCAUUGCUCUAAAAUAACAAGUAAUGUUUCUCAUCCAGCAAAAGACGAACCUCUCUUUUUAAAUAUUCAAUAUUUGCGAAGUGCUUUACCAGGAGACGAACUUUUAAUAGAAGCAAAAAAUCUAAGAACUGGAUCAUUACUUCAAAAUUUUCACACUGAACUCAGAUUACAAGAUGAAUUACAUGGAAUUAUUGCAACUACUGGAAAAGCUGGUUAUUGA